GCGAAAAUAGCACCCCAAACUCAUCAAAAUGCAAUUGGCUGUCACAAUGGUACUAUCACGAGUGGCAUUAAUCCUAAUUGGAGUGCUAUGUGCAGUGCCAAUUAGUGUGGCUGGUCAACAGCAGAAGUUCCGAAUUGUCCCACAAGACCUGCAAGUCCUCGAGGGCUCCGAGGCGCUGCUGAGGUGCGAAGUUCAAGGCCUCGCGGGACAAGUGCAAUGGACCAAAGAUGGAUUUGCACUGGGCUUCUCUGCUGUGAUUCCGGGCUAUCCCAGGUAUUCGGUGCUGGGCGACAGGACUCAGGGCGUCUACAACCUGAGGAUCUCCAACGCCUCGCUGGAGGACGAUGCUGAGUACCAGUGCCAGGUGGGACCGGCCAAGCUGAACUCUGCAAUCCGAGCGAACGCCAAGCUCGUUGUCAUAUCACCGCCAUCUCAUAUUGAAAUUGAGGGAUAUGCUCACAAUUCCAAGGUGGAAGUGCGGCAGAAUCAGGAUCUGACGCUCACUUGCAUCGUGUCAGACGCUAAGCCACCGGCUCAGAUUCAGUGGUUUCGUGGAAAUGUGGAAUUUAAGCCUGACAAUCGGGAUGACAAAGUGACACAGACGCAUGGAAAGCGGUAUACAACCACAUCCCUCCUCCGGUUACACCCUUCAGCGGAUGAUGACUACACAGAAUACUCGUGUCAGGCCAGACACAAAGCCCUACAAUCUGAUAUGCCAAUGCGAGCGACUGUCCAGCUUUCCGUUCUGUAUCCCCCCGGAGCGCCGUACAUCGAAGGCUAUCAGCCCGGCGAGACGCUGCGCAGGGGACAGAAUGUUGAGCUCGUGUGCAGAAGUCGCGGCGGCAAUCCGCCGGCGCAGCUGAUUUGGUACAAGAACGGCGUCCAAGUUCGCAUGGCUUACAGAACGGCCGGAAGAUUGUCUGAAAAUAUUUACACAUUCACUGCAGAAGCAAGUGAUAAUAAGGCGAGAUUUCGAUGCGAAGCCAGCAACAUUAUGUCUCAGGUCCCAUUGAAGGCCGAAGUGGAUCUCACUGUGCUGUUCGCUCCCACGCACGUAACGAUUUCGGGGCCCUCAGAGGCCAGAGUUGGUGAUGUUGUGCCGCUGCAGUGCAGCACGGCGCCGUCAAAUCCACGUGCGGAAAUCAAAUGGAUGGUCGGUGGGCAGCUCAUUAAAAAUGCAUCUUCAAGAACUGUUGUCAGCUCCGAAGGUGGAUGGAUCACAACGUCGAACAUUACAGCAACGGUGGAGCCCAAUAAGCGAUCUCUGGUGGUCAUUUGCCAUGGCCUGAAUAUGCAGCUCUCGGAGAAUGUCGUGUCCACGCACACGGUGAACAUAUUAUAUCCACCGUCGCCACCCAUCAUUUCUGGCUACGUGGAGGGCUCAAUAAUUCCGGCGGGAUCAGUGCAGAAGCUGCUGUGCGUCUCGUCCGGAGGCAAUCCACUGGCGUCACUCAAUUGGUACAAGAAUGACAAGAAGAUCAAUUCCGUUGUGCGAACGACUGACAAAUCCGUGUCGGCCGAAUUGACGAUACUUGCAAAUGUGACUGAUAAUCAGGCGAGAUAUCGAUGCGAGGCCCACAAUAGUGCCACAGAAAUUCCACUCUUUGAGACUAAAACGCUGAGUGUUCAUUUUGCGCCGGAAACUGUGAAAAUUCACAUCGAACCGGAAGAACUGAAGCCAAAUGUGAUUGCUACACUCUUUUGUGACUCCAGUUCCAGCAAUCCGCCGUCGAAAAUUACUUGGUGGCGUGAUGGAAUUCCCGUUGAAGGACUAAACAAUUCAUCAAAGCCAGGACUGUGGGGCGGAACAGUUUCGUCUUUGGAGCUGAAAGUGAAUGUGACCCAGGAAAUGAAUGGGGUUGUGUACACAUGUCAAAGUACAAAUGAUGCUCUUCAGCGCAGUGUACACGAAGUUGUUAGUCUUCAAGUGUUGUAUGCCCCAAUUUUCAACCCACCGCCAUCGAACACCGUGGUCGGCGUGGAGGGUGAACCGCUGCAAGUAUCUCUCGUGGCAACAGGCAAUCCGCAAUCGAUUGCAUACACAUGGACCAAAGAUGGUGUGCCAAUUUUAAACACUGCCAAUGGCAUGGACAGGAUCAUCUCGGAGGGACCCAUGCUCAACAUCACGAAACUGAGCCGCGGCGACGCCGGCACGUACACUUGCGAGGCGGUGAACUCUCAAGGAUCCGCCAUGAUCAACAUCAGUGUCAUUGUUGAAUAUGGAACGACAAUCACGAGCAUCUCGGAGAAUGUGGUGGUGAAUCCCGGCGAGGACGCCAUGUUGUCGUGCACGGUGGAGGGAAAGCCACUCACGUUGGAGCACGUGCGCUGGGAGAGGCUCAACUAUGACAUGACCAUAAAGACGUCCACAACGUUUGUCAACGCCACGUCGUAUUUGCACAUCAAAAAUGCCCAGCGAGAGGAUGUGGGCAAUUUCCGCUGCAUCGCUGACAAUAGAGUGGCAAAUCCGACUAGCAGGGAUGUUCUUCUCAUUGUCAAGUUCGCACCGGAAAUAGAUAAAUCACCGCCACUGCUGAGGGCGGCCACGGGCGCGGGCGAGCGCGGGCGGCUGCCGUGUCGUGUGGAGGCGUCGCCGCGGCCGACAUUCGUGUGGGCACGAAGUGGUCAGCAAUUGAAUGUGAAUCAGUCGUCCAAAUACUUCGUGGAGCUGAAGCAACUCGACUCAAUCACAUACGAAUCGAUUCUCCUCAUUGAGCGUGUCACGCCGUCGGAUUACGGGCAGUACGAGUGUGUCGUGCAGAAUGAACUCGGCGACACAAAGGAGAAUGUCAGGCUCGAUAUCACAUCACCGCCCGACACCCCAAUCAAUUUGACUGUGGUCAAUGUGACCCAUGACAGCGUCACAAUGACCUGGACGCCCGGCUUUGACGGCGGCAUGAAGGCCAGCUACAGGAUACGCUUCAGAGAGGCCAACAGUGAGCACUAUCGGUAUGAGGAUGGACUGCCGGGUGUGCACAAGAUAACGAUUAAUGGCUUAAGAAUGAAUACGAUGUACUUGUUCUCCAUUAUGGCGUCCAAUGCAUUGGGCAGCAGCAAAUACAUGCCGGAUCUGGUGAAGGCGAAGACAAAAGAAGUCCCACCGUCCUCAAAGUCCACUUACUCCCUCGGCGUGGCGCCCACGGCCGGCUCGCCCACGGGCAGCACCUCUGGCCUGCUGCUGCUCGUUGGGGUGGUCUCGGGCACCGUCCUCGUGCUCCUUAAUGUCCUUUUGAUCGGCUGCUGUCUCCAUCGACGCACCCAAGAGAGAAUAAAAAGAGGUAAAAGGUUCUCCUUCGGAUUUUCCUCGUCGUUUGUCCUCCUGAUCUGCAUUUUUUCUCUGUCCUUUUUUUGUCAUUUAUUGUUAUUUUUUGCGACUCAUUUGACUGGUUUUCGUUUUUUGUUUUCCUUUUAUUUUUUCGGUUCCGAAGGACUCGAAACAGUUCCGGCGGAAUUACUUGAGAAGGCACAAGUGCCAAAGCUCGUGAUUGUCGGAAUUGGUUUGGCCGGAGUUGGACUGUUGCUAGUGAAUGCUGCUCUCGUUGCAUGGUUUAUUAUCCGUAAAAGAUCAAAAGAGACAUCGACGCAGAAUAGUAAAUCUGCCACAAUUGAAAUGUACGCGCCCAGUUCGUACAAUGACACUGUGACUGGUGAAACAUUGUCGAGCGUUUCCGAAAAGAGUGAUUCAUAUUCAAAUGAGGGAAGUCAGCCUGAUUACAUGGAUGACACGCGGAAGAAGGUGGCAUCGACGUAUUUGGUGGAGCACAACGACAUCCCGCCGCCGCGCUACCAAAGAGACGGCACUCUGCCCUGCCACUAUCCCAACAACACCGUCGUGAGCGCCGGCCACACGCGCACGCUGCCGCAUCCGCGGCACAACAGCCAGCAUCCCGACCAGCGCUCGCGCGACGACCAGAUGCUGGGCAAGAACACCUACAUGCCCGCGCCGUCGCCGGCGCCGCCGCUGGACGGGUCGUACUACAACAUGAACAGCGACCGCUACUUGUCCUAUCCACCGAUGGAUUAUCCGCAGAUGGAGUUUGCGAACGCGCCGCUGGCGGUGAGUCUGCAGACGGCCGGCGGCACACUGCGCCGCGGCAUGAAGGGAGUGGUGCCGCCGCCGGACGUCACGCAUCACACGGCCCACACGAAGGGGCCGCACGACAUGCAGAACUCGUCGUCGCAGACCAGCGCCAACCUCAGCAAUCUGUCGCAAGUGUCACAGUCGACGCCGAAGCAGCCGCAGGGCAUCCUGAAGGACACGAAGCGCAAUCAGCAGCACAACAUGCAGAUCCUCAACGUACAAAAUGCGCCCGGCGUCGAUGGCAAUUUGCUGCUCGGCGUGAACGCGGCGGCGUUCGAUCAGCACAAUCUCAGCUCCUUCAACGCCCAACUCGGCUACACGGACGCCGAUGGGCAUCUGGUAUAGAAGGACUGCGGCGCAGCGCCCCACUUCUCCACACUUAUCAAUUACACAACAAUAGCAUUUAUACUGUAAUGUAAACCAAUUUCGUAAUGAAUAUAUUUAUGGGGGAUAAAAGAAUCAGUGGACGGAAAGCAUACAAAAAUGCUGUGUAGAUUUAUUGAGAAUGAGAUUACAAUUAUAUGGAUUAAUAGAUAGAAUUAAAAAACUAUUACAGGACAAUUAAUUCGGACGCAAUUUGUGAAUAUAAUUUUUAUCAGCUUAAUUUAACACGACAAAACAAUCACGCAUAAUAUGUGAAGCAUUUAAUGCAAAAAAAACCAAGGAAGAAUUAUGAAAAAUGCAUUUUUUUUAGGAUAAAUAUUUAAUUAGCACACACGCACAGUUGUGAGCAUGAAAAUAGAACUGCGAUGAUUUCACGUUUCUUUACAAUAUUUCUAUAAGAAACCACUUUUUAUCCCUUUUUUAGGCGUCUUUUCCUAUCAUAACCUCAAAAUAUAAACUAAGAGAUCUUCAAAAGACUCAGUUUGGAAGCUUUCUUUUUGUGGAAAAUGACAAAAAUGGCAUUUUUAGCUCAAACGUAUUUCUUCUUCACAACAAUCUUCCUCUUUGUUGACAUUUCUAUUUCCCGAUGAGAAAAUGUGCAGGGCUUCCAAUGUUUUCAGCUUUUUGCUGUUGUGGAAGCUUUUUAGAUCACAAAAUCAACUCAAAAUUUCUGAUUCAGAGUCAAAAUUGUCCAGAAAGUUUUCUAGAUAAACAUUUUCCAAGUUAAAGUCAAUAU